AUGCGAAUGCUGGCCACAGCGGCCUUGCCCCACUCAUUGACCAGUCAUUCUCAAGAUGACGAGGAUGACGGGGCAAGCUCAGACCCGCUAGUCCCACAAUACUGUGACGCUUUCGAUCAUUUGAGUCUCUCGGGAAAACUGAGUCCCGGCGGAUCAGCGAUUUCCACGAAUUUCUUCACCUCAUCCACUUCUCCGUCACCAUUUCAUAAAGAAGUGAAAAUCGAGUUGAUGCACGAUUUGAUCCCCUACCCGCACAGUAUCGCCUCAAGCUCUUAUCAGAGCGGACGAGGUGAGCGAGGU